ACUGCGGCCUGUGUGCGUGUGUAUGUAUGUGUGUGUGAGGUUCUCCUUCGUAAUAUAGCCUAUAUAUACUGCAAACAUACUGCAUUAAUAUUUAUUUAUAACAAAGUAUAUUAUUAUUAUUAUUAUUAUUAUUAUUAUUAUUAUUAUCAUUUUGGACUGCGAUUUUUUUGGGGGGGAACGUAUUAACCGGAAGUGGUCAGUUGUCAUGGUAGCCAGGCUGCUAAUCACGUAGACAGUUAGCCAGCUAGCUAACCUUAACAGGUAAACAGAAGGCUGUGUGAAUCAGGCUUCCCCCUGACCGUUACUCGGACCGGACUCGGAGGGACUCGGCUUUUCCCGUCACACUUCGUCUGUAUUCGGAUGUACAGGCAGGGAAAGCGCAUUAGAAUAAUAAGCAGAGCUGUUGGUGUGUAUUAGUUCACACAGAGGAGCAGCAGCGUGGGUCUGGAGUAAUAAAACACAGCUUUAUAAACGGUUUAUAACCUUCUUCCCCUUGAGAGGACCAUCUCUCACCCAACAUUCACCUUAGUUCCUGAUGAACAUGUGAGUCAUUAUUAAAGAAUGAAGCAUCAAUAAUAAAAUAAUGUCAUAAAUUAUCACAGAAGGAUGUGGAGGAGGAACACUGACUGUGUGUGUGUGUGUGUGUGUGAGAGAGAGAGAGAGAGAGAGAGAGAGAGACUGGGUUCCUCACCUGAUCAAAUCUGCCAGACUCGAGUCUAAACUCAUCCUUUCAGUUCUUCCUAAAAUAGACGUCUGAAUCAAUGGGCUUGAAAGAGAAAGAGCUGUGUAUUUGUGUGUGUGUGUGUGUGUGAGUGUGUGUGUGAGUGUGUGUGUGUGAGUGUGUGUGUGAGUGUGAGUGUGUGUGUGUGUGUGCGCAUGUGUCUGUGUGUGUGAGUGUGUGUGAGUGUGUAGGAUAAUUUAUUACACUUUUAAUUCACUGUUUUAUUAUUGUCAGCGAUUAUUAAUGUUUAUAUUACUGUGUAUUAUUGUUUCUCGCACUCUCUGCUGUGUGUGUGUGUGUGUGUGUGUGUGUGCAGAUGGUGAGUGUACUCGUGACUGCUCACUAAACACCUGCUGUGUGUAAUAGUGAUGGAAGUGUUAUCAGCUCCCCACACAGUCAGCACCUAAAGUGAGUGAGAAGGUCGGGGGAGCAGAAGGCACCAAGCUUGACGAUGACUUCAAGGAAAUGGAGAAGAAAGUGGACACUACAAGCAGAGCAGUGCUGGAUAUCAUGACCAAAACCACAGAAUAUCUACAGCCAAACCCAGCCUCCAGAGCGAAGUUAAGUAUGAUAAACACCAUGUCUAAGAUCCGUGGGCAGGAGAAAGGGCCGGGCUACCCACAGGCUGAGAGCGUGCUCGGAGAUGCCAUGCAGAAAUUCGGCCGAGAGCUCGGAGAAGAAUCCAGCUUUGGUCUGGCUCUGAUAGACGCAGGUGAGGCGAUGCGUGAGCUCGGAGAGGUGAAGGACGCUCUGGACAUGGAGGUCAAACAGAACUUUAUUGACCCACUACAGAAUCUGCAUGACAAGGAUGUCAAAGAGAUACAGCACCACCUGAAGAAGAUGGAGGGUCGGCGUCUGGACUUCGAUUAUAAAAAGAAGCGUCAUGGCAAAGUCACAGACGACGAGAUCAAACAGGCGCUGGAGAAGUUUGAUGAGUCAAAGGAGAUCGCUGAGCAGAGCAUGUUCAACCUGCUGGAGAGCGACAUAGAGCAGGUGAGCCAGUUGGCUGCACUUGUGAAGGCUCAGCUGGAAUACCACCAACAGGCCACUGAUAUCCUCCAGCAGCUUUCCAGCAAGAUGGAGGAGAGGAUAAAGGAGGCCUCCAGUAAGCCGAGGAAAGAAUACAUUCCUAAACCACGCAUGGAGCUACAGCUGCCCAGUGAAACUCACAAUGGAGGAAUACACACCGCUAAAUCACCUGCUCGCUCCCCAGCUCCUCUGGAUCAGCCGUGUUGUCGCGCUCUGUAUGACUUCGAGCCGGAGAAUGAAGGCGAGUUGGGCUUUAAGGAAGGUGACAUCAUCACGCUGACCAAUCAGAUCGAUGAUAACUGGUAUGAGGGGAUGAUCCACGGCCAGUCGGGGUUCUUCCCCAUCAACUAUGUCGACAUCCUGGUUCCUCUGCCUCAUUAAGCCCCGCCCCUUGCUAUGCUUCAACCACUUCACCAGCAUUUCUGAUGAUGAUGGUGAUGAAGAGGUUACAGUAAAUAAUUAAUAGCACACUCUGAAGUGUUUGUGUGCCCGUUCAGUGUUGCUUUAGAGGUGGCUCUGGAGUGUGUGUGUGUGAUUUAUUUAUUUUGUUUCCUGACCUGUUGUCACUUACAUCAAUGAUAUCACAAGAUUUCACACUUUUUAUGUCACACUAUUAACGUAAGUGAAAUAAUAUAUGAAUUUUGAUGAGUGUCUGGUUAUAUUUCUGCUUUAACACUCAGGUCUCACUUUCCUGGCUGUAAUCUACAAUGCAGUUUAGUUCAGUACGCGUGGUUUAUAGAUAAGAGUUUGUGAUCAUUUCUGAUGAUUACUUUAUCCACAUUAACACUGUUUCGUUUCUCAUGAUGGCAUCAGGAAUGAAAAUGACAGGAAUUGUCUCAGCGAGGUUCUACAGGGUUCCUUUGCUGAGAACUCAGAUGGUUAUAUGAUUGCUUUAUUAAUUGUAUGCUGAAUUAUGCAUUUCCACAUCAUGAGGAUAAUAAGUUGUAAAAGAAAAUAUAAUAAAUAACUCAUGGCCUUUCUGCACUUGCGUAAUCCUGAGUGUGUAAAAGCGGCUGUGGAUUUAAACGCUGGUUAAAAUGUAAGUGUUAAAGAUCAGAAGUUGUUGUUUUCGACACGUACAGUUCUCUUCAGGCUGAAUACGGAGACGGCGUCUGUGAGAGCCGCAUGAUGAUGAAACCACCUACACGGGCUCAUGAGCUGGUGCGUAAGAUCUGCAGCUCCAGUCCUGCAGGUGGCACAGUUACAAUGUCAUAACAAAAUUCCUCGACUACAGGAAGAAGUUCCUGAAAGCCGUCGUUAGUGAAUUAUUCGGCUCAGACAUGCCUCGUUUUUAACGUCCAAUCACAGGCUCGGUUGCGUAGCGUGUUUAUUUAAAUCUGCGUUUACUGCAUAACUACGUGGUGUUGCUAGAGAAAGACAUCGCUGAACAUAGUCUCUGUGUGAAAUACGCUCAGUCCUUUAGAAAUUAUACAGGAUUUCUGUUUGAGGGCGGAGCUUCACUCUGAUUGGUUCCCCAGGGUUCUCUCACAUCCAAUCAAAAUCCUUAAAUCGUAGACUGGAAACUCCAAAGGACGCAGUGUGUGAAGGUGUUUAGGACACGCCCUGUUUAUGCUCCUUCAUUUCUCCUGAACUUUUUGUUUGUUUGUUUACUUAUUUGUUUGUUUAUUUAUUUGCUCACGCCUCUAGCACAAUUUAAAUGACUUUCUCAUAAAGUAUGAAUAAUAAUCACUGAUGAGAAACACUCCAGUUCCUGUGAUUUGUAGUGUUUUGUUUCAUUUGCACUUUUUACUCUGUUAUUGUUUCUGUGUGAGCUGUAGCUCCAUUAUUUAUUUAUUUAUUUGUUUGUUUGUUUGUUUGUUCAUUAUAAUUAUUAAACUCUUCUUUAGUUUCAGCUCAUGUGGAAGUGACAUUCCAAUGUAUGCACAACCUGUGUGUGUGUGUGUGUGUGUGUGUGUGUGCAUGUGUGCGUGCGUGUGUGUAUGUGUGAGUGUGUGUUUGUGUGUGUAUUAUCCUGUACAGUGUUACACAGAGGAAGUUGGUUUCUCUCGCUCUGAUUGGUGGAUUUGGUGUUUCUGUAUCUGCAGUCGUGUAAAAUUAACUUUAUGGAUUUUUAAUAACGUGUUUAAAGUGAAGCUGUUACACUAUAAUAGUGAGGAUUAUAAAUUUUCUGUGUGUGUGUAUGUGAAUGUGAGUGUGUGUGGGUGUGUAUGAGAGUGUGUAUGUGAGACUGUAUGUGUGUUUAAGAGAGUGUGUGAAUUUAUUUCUUCCUUUGUUUUCACAUCACAGCUGAUAAACGUAUGUCUGACUGUAGUGUGUUUAUGGCUGAAGUGUGAAUGUUUUCUCCGUUUUGUUCUACGUCAUUAACAUUAGCAUUAACAGUAGCAUUAGCAUGUUAGCAUUUAUAAUUUACGUAAA